CUCUAGCGAUAAGCUUCUUCGCUCGCAGAAAGCACUCGAAGGCCUUUUCUCCGUCGACGUUGCUGUCACUGUCGAUAGUCCGGCCCGCUUUGUUCAGUAAUCUGCGGAGAUGCCGCCCAUUUCGACUGUGCUGGUGCAGGAUGAGGCCUCGUUUCCGCAGGACAGACUGGUCCCAAAUGUCAGCGACGUGCGCCGGAACGUCCGGACCCUAAAGUCCCUCGUCACUACUACCACUCUGAGCGACAGCAGCACAACACUCAACUCGAAGCAGCUUCCGCCUACUCCAUCACCAACCCCACCACGCUCGCCACGCGCACCGCCAAGGUCUUCUUCCAACGCUGGCAACCCAACCCUGGAAAUAACCCCCGAGACUCCCGUCGCAACAGCACAGCCAGCGCCAACACCCACACCGACAAGCGAAGCAUGUCUCCCAACAUACGAUCAAUACGGCUUUGAGCGAUCCUUCACCCACACCUCCCUCAAAAACCAACUCGCCUACGACUCCCACUACAACGCCCUCUGCGAGAAACGCGCCGCAAAAUGGGUCCACUGGCUCUCAAAAUACAACGGAGGCGCCGCGCACUCCCACAACCUGAUGAUGUACGGCAGGAGGGCCAAUGCAUCGAACGUAUCCCUUUCUGCUGCGGCGGCUGCUGCGAACGAGUUGAUGUUUCCGCCGCCGUCGGAGAAGGUCAAGCGGUACCUGAGAAAGGGUGUACCACAUCAUCUGAGGAAACACGUGUGGUUUCAUUAUAGUGGGGCUGAGGCGCUGUGGAAGGAGGAAAUGGGGCUGUAUAUGCUGUUGACGUGUAGGGAGGAGCAGGAUGUGAGGAAUGGCGCGACAAGGGAGGAGAACGAGGUUAUGGGCGAUAUUGUGGUUAUCGACAGAGACGUGUACAGAACAUUCCCCGACAACCUAAAAUUUCAACCCCGCCCAUCCACCCCCCCAUCCCCCUCCCACCCACACCCCACAAUAACAACCGAACAGAACCCCUUCCUCCUCUCCCUCCGCCGCAUCCUCGUCGCCUUUGCCUACUACUCCCGCCCGCAACCCAACUCAACCCUCUCGCGUACCCAAAACCUCCGCAAACCAAAAUACAACAUCGGGUACUGCCAAUCCCUCAACUUCCUAGCCGGGUUCCUCCUACUGGUGUUUGCGGACGACGAUUUCGAGUUUGAGACCGGGCACGACGCGGCGAGGUUGAGUGUCGAGGAACGGGUGUUCUGGAUGCUGGUCGUCGUGGUCGAGAUGCUGAUGCCCGAGGAAAUGUACGGCGCGACGUUGGAGGGUGCACGAGCCACGCAGGAGGUGCUGUGGACGCACCUUGUCGGCCGCAAUGGACACAAGUACGGGCUGGAGAAGGUCGAGAAGUGGUUAGCCGUCGAGGAGGCCGCCAUGCUUCUCUCGCCAAUCACCUACUCCACCGCCUACUCGUCUUCAUCCCCCACAACCGCCCGCAACCAACCAUUCACGCUCAAAAUUCUCCAAAAACGCCUCCCCGCCAAAAACAAACGCCCCAAACACGCCGAACAACAAUCAACCAACCCCCUCCCCCUCUUAACAACCUCCUGGUUCCUCACCCUCUUCACCACCACCCUCCCCCCGCACUCCCUCCUCCGCCUCUGGGACAUGUUCACCUACCAGGGCGUCAAGGUCAUCUACCGUUUCAGCAUGACACUCCUCAGUGUGCAUCAACGGGAGCUGUUGAAAACCAAGUUGGCCGAUUUGACCGCUGUGAGGGUUGUCAAGAGUUUACCUGGGCGGUGUUAUGAUGUCGGCGUUGUGGUUGAGAUGGUUGGUGGGGCGCAGGGACGGAUGGGUGGCGCUCUAAGGUGGGGAAAAAAGGGCACGAAACCGAGGUUGGAUGCGAUCAACACGUACCUGUCACCCAAUGUGAAUCCGACAUCUAUGUCGGCGACGUCGCCACACCCCUCGGCCCUCCUCACACCCAUUGAGAUGGACCUAACCCUCGACACCGACGUGGAACAGGAGCAGGAUCACUCCGACGCUGAUCUCUCCUUCCCCGCUAAACAUCAUCAGCGGCCUCCGAGAACACAACAGGCGAUGACGGUGUUAUCCGAUGACGACGAUGACGAUAGGGCAGCGAGGGUGGGGAGUGGUGGUGGGAGUGCGAGGGGGUUGUUUCAAACACCUCCCGUACCGGACGUGAGCAAUAAGCUGAUUGGGAAGUAUAUGGAGGUUGCUGUUGCGGAGAUCAGGAGGGGGGAGAAGGGGAGGGGGGAUCGGAAUGGGAAGGGUGGGGUGUAAGAUAGGUAGGGUUGAGGAUGGUGUGAUGAGAUGAGAACGGACGUUUUUGUUCUUUCCUUUCUUGGGGGUUUCUUUUUUUUGGGGUGGCGUAUGAGGACGUUCGAGUGGGAUGGACAUGCGGGAAAACAACACACUCACACCGCAGAUGUACAGAUAGAUGGGCGUGAGUGAACGUUCGAGUUGCUUGUACAUAUUCAACAAAAUAGGACUGCUUUUUGGGAACGCAGAUCUAUUCACACCCUGGCACCCAUCUCGCUUUACAUCCCAUGUCGACACGCUGUGCCGUGAAGUUGAGGGAGUAACAACAAAACGCAAUACUCCCCUACCCGCGGUGUAUCCAUAUUGAUAGCUUAGUGUACCGCCGCUAUAGUCGUUCCUGGCACCGUUCACCGCUUCAUUUUUCGCUCUGAAAUCGUGCGAGUCUUCUUUAGGGCGCUGGCACAA